UAAUGCUCGCGAGACUUGCUUUUGACAACAGACUCCACCAGAGAUCAGGACCAGAAACAGUAGAGGAGCGGAAUGGAGGAGGACAAGAGAAGACGAGCAGCAGGCUCGUCCUGUGAUAGCAGCGAUGUUGAGAAACAGGGAGGAGGCGACAAACUCAAGCCUCACCGCUGUGUGUUCUGUGACAAAUCCUUCGCAUUACCCAGAACUUUAUGGGUUCAUUUAAGAGUUCACAAUGGGGUGAAACCAUACAAGUGUGACCUCUGUGAGAAAGCUUUCACCACUCAGGGUCAACGAAAGAUCCAUCGACGUAUUCACACCGGAGAGAAACCGUACAGCUGUGAUCUGUGUGGGAAAUCUUUCACCACUGGAGGCCAACAAAGAAGGCAUCAGUACGUGCACACUGGAGAGAAACCGCACAGCUGUGACCAAUGUGGGAAAACUUUUGGUGUGGCAGCUCAUCUAAAUGCUCACCUACGUAUUCACACUGGAGAGAGACCGUACAUGUGUGACCAAUGUGGGAAAUGUUUUCACUCCAGCGGCUAUCUGAAAGUCCAUCAGCGCAGUCACACGGGAGAGAAACCAUACAGCUGUGAGAAGUGUGAGAAAGCUUUCAUCACUGUAAGUCAACUAGAAGCUCACAAACGUGUUCACACUGGAGAGAGACCUUUUGUUUGUGGCUACUGUGGGAAAGCUUUCGCUGUUCAAGGAACUUUAGACAAACACCAACGCUCACACUUAAGAAAAACAACUGAGGUGUGAACAAUGGGGGAAAAGGUUUUCUCGCAGAGGCUGCCUUAUAGUCCACCAACGCAUUCAUACAGGAGAGAAACCAUACUAGGGGUUUAAUGAUUUAAUUUAAUUUAAUUUAAUUUAAUUUAAUGAUCAACAAUAUAAUAUCAGCGAUACCGUGAAGACAUCAUAGCACAUCGUUAUUAUUAGGAUACACUUUUAUUUUGAAAGUCUGUGUUACCGUCAAACAGCAGCUGGCAGAAAAUGCCAUGCAGCCAAGAGAAAGACAACGAGAAUAACGUUAUUUACUCUGAAUAAAUCAACAGUGUGGAAAUAAUUUGGAUUAUGGAGAGAAUAUGGGUCAUCAGACAAAGAACAUGCCGUAUGCAAACAACGCUGUUAUGUGAUAAAACAUGAUGUACCUGCCUGGACAGGCAUCUGAUCCUGCUAGCUUCUCACUACAGCAACAUCAGCUGCUCGGUUUCAACAAUGCCAGGCUGGAAUUCAACAGCUGUUCUAUCGGGAGAUUCUGUGACUUAAACCAAUGACGAAAAAGUACAAAUAAUAUGUUUUAGUAAAAAUUAUGAGUAGGGAAAAAGUCCGCUAGCUGCAAGGCUAGUUACUGCACUUUAGAAAUGCUUAAAGUAAUAAUAGCGACUAGCGAAAAUAUUUUACAUGUCUCUGAACCUUGACAGUUACUACUGAGCUUAAUUUUGUGUUUUGUUGAAUUAUCUUGUUUUAUGGCCGUUAGGAGACGUUUGUGAAGUCUGAGGAAGAGUUGUAGCUUCUAAACGGGAGCUGAUCCGUGUGCGGACCUAUUUGUUUUCUACGUUGUUUGGAGAAGUUUGUCUUCGGGGAUUUAAGCCACAUAGCUCUGAAGUUUUAUGAAACAGAGGAUGGUUUGGGUUCAAAUGAAAAGAUAUCUUCCAGAAAGGUCUCUCUCUCUUGUCGGUGUGUUAGUGGAGUCAGUUUAAGGAAAACUUAACUGCAUUGAAACAUGUUUUUACAUUAUUAAUGUGUUGUUUUUGUUUUUAGCGGCUGAACGUAAACGUGGAAGGGAUGACGGUAGUGAUGGUCAAAUGAAGCCUCAUGAACCAUUUACUUUAUUUUCUGACUUCACCAGAUGGCGCUCUUGUUUUAAAGAUAAAGGCUGAAGGAAAGGCAAUGAGGUGUGCUUUCAAACCUUUGUUGAACAGACAGCGCCAUCCAGUGGCUUCAGAAAAUAAAGACAGUGGUUCACGAAGCCUCAUUUGGCCAUCACUAGAUGACGGCACUUUCCGUCACCAGUUAUGUUAAAUGAUUUGAUGAUAUUGUUUCAUAUCAAUCGCAGGCCCCUGAAUUGAAUAAAAUCAAAUUGAAAUUGUAUUGUGGCUGAAGGUUUAAUGUCGUCAAAUACUGUAUUGUUGCCCAAAGAAUCGAUAAAAUGUCGUAUCGUGAUGAAACCAGUGAUUCACACCAUUAGUGCCCAUUUACUGCUCAACGUUAGAUGCGUACACAGGCGGAGCCUCCUGUCCGUACUCUGCGUUAAUUUCAUUAGUAUUUGUGAAGGUUUUCGGAAAGCUUAGAGAUUUGGAUGAAACGCAGCAGAACCAGCGGCGAUCAUGACGGCAGUGUGGACCGCCUGGAGAUGACGAAGACAUUUAGAAAUGGAGGAACGGAACAAAUCGGUAAUAUAGUGAGACGAAUAUUCCGUCCACGUUGUGAUGCGUUUAAUGACCUCGCAGGGCACCAUCAUGGAAAACAUAGAAAGGUCAUGGAAUUUUAUAAUCUCAUUUUCCAGGCCUGGAAAACUCAGAAUUAUUUUUAAAAAAAAAUCAUUGAAAGUUUUGGAAAACUCAAGAAUUUUGUUGCCUGUGAUGAAGUUAAUUGUCACAGUAAUCUUACGGUGAUAACCUUUGUCAUGUGACAUAACUGAAUUUAUUUUCUGUAAGUCAGACGCCGACAUAACGAAGCUCUAUGUGUGCAGAAAUGUACCGUAACCAUGCCGACAGGUGCAGCAGACACAGUGAGGUUCAUUAUAUGAGGUCCUUGAAAGGUCGUGGAAAAGUUUUGAAAUUUGUAUGAACUCUGCUCUGUUUAAAGGAGCAUUAUUACGACCUCCUCCACUGUCGCCUCGUUUGCUGUCGUUUAAACUUCUGACUCCGCCCUCUGCUGCCAUCUAUUGGCUGAAUCUGUGACAUCAUAAAGGACGCAAUGAUGUUGUUCGCCUGUCCAUGAAAGAUUCAGAUUUACCUCCAAGGUUUUUGUCUCCACUGUCACUGUCUUUGCCUGUUGGUGGUGUAAACCCUAACCAGGGACAGUGGUCACACAUCAGUCAUGGCUGGAAACAUUGUUUACAUCACAUCUAGUUUGUAGAAUUUAUGUGAAGCAAUGUGUUAUGCAUUUGUCAAAUAAACAAGUGUUGAGAUCA